AUGGAUUCAUUUAACAAAGAGAGUGUGAUUUUAGGGGACCCUUCAACUCCAGAUGAAGGUGUGAAGAAAGGAUAUGGUAAAUCAAAGUUGUAUGAGAUCUGUGCUGCAAAUCAUUGGAAGGCUCCUGUGUUUGAAUGCUGUAAAGAGGAAGGACCAUGUCAUUGCAGAAUAUUCACAUUCAAGGUUAUUAUUGAGAUAGAGACAGGUAAAGCAUCUAAAAACAUAGAGAGAAUUGAAGCAUCUAAAAACAUCGUAGAGGUUUACGGUGCUCCUCAUCAAAAGAAGAAAAUGGCAGCAGACGAUGCAGCCGAGGGUGCAUUAUGGUACUUAAAGCAUAUAGGUUUUGUUUUGAAGAACUAA